ACAGGGACACAUCAAGCCAAUGCUAACCUUGGCGCAGCUGCUCUGUCAUGCAGGCAUCCACGUCACCUUCGUCAACACCGAGCACAACCACCGCCACCUCACCCAACGUGAAUCCCUCUCCGCCCGCUUCCCUACUCUCCGCUUCCGCUCCAUCUUCGACGGCCUCCCCUCCGAUCAUCCACGCUCCAUUUCCCCUUAUUUUUUGGACAUAGUCACGUCGUUGAGGUCCACCACUGCGCCGCUCCUGCAUCAACUCCUGGUCUCCCUCGCCAGCAAAACCAACGACGACAUCGGCGCUGCAGCUGGUGAUCAGCUGCCUCCUUUGAGCUGUGUGAUAACGGACGGGCUCAUGUGUUUCGCAAUUGAUGCGGCGGAGGAGGUUGGACUUCCGGUAAUUGCUGUCCGCACCAGCAGCGCCUGCAGCGUCUGGUGUUACUUAUGCCUCCCCAAGCUGAUUGAAGAAGCUGAGCUGCCUUUUGGAGAUGAAGACAUGGAUAAGACGGUAUCCGGUGUUCCCGGGAAGGAAUGUCUUUUGCGACGAAGAGAUCUAUUAAGUAUAUGUAGAAUGCCAGUUGACCACCCGGUAUUCAAAUUUUUCAUGGAAGAACACAUAGCCAUAACUCGAGCUUCUGGUCUCAUACUCAACACGUUCGAGGACCUAGAAUCAUCAGUUCUCUCCCACAUUGCCUCUAAAUUUUCAAAAAUUUACCCCAUCGGACCAUUGCACGCUCUCCUCAAAUCCCGUGUCGAUGACCACGACCUAUCUUCCUCCUCCACAGCAAUGGCUGCCUCUUUGCACCGAGAAGACCGUAGUUGCAUGACGUGGUUGGACUCCCAAAGGCCUGGAUCCGUUAUUUUCGUUAGCUACGGGAGCUUGGUGAAGCUAACUCGUGUUCAAUUGCUCGAGUUUUGGCACGGCUUGGUUAAUAGCGGGUCCCAUUUUCUGUGGGUCAUGCGCUCGGAUGUGCUGAGUGACGAAGGAGAGCACAUGAGGCACGUGACCCCCACGGAGUUGGAAAUGGGUACAAAAGAACGUGGGUUUAUCGUGGACUGGGCUCCGCAAGAAGAGGUUCUGGCCCAUGAUGCUGUUGGUGGGUUUUUGACCCAUAGCGGGUGGAAUUCGACACUGGAGGCAAUUUGGGCCGGAGUCCCAAUGCUUUGCUGGCCCCAAGUAGCGGACCAGCAGGUGAAUAGUAGAUGGGUUGGGGAGGUUUGGAAGAUUGGGAUUGAUAUGAAGGACAUGUGUGACAGAACGACGGUGGAGAAGAUGAUCAAAGCCUUGAUGGGAGGUGAAGAAAGAGAGGUGUUUACAAGGUCGGUGGAUCGGUUCUCAAAAUUAGCCCGAGCUUCCGUUAGUGAAAGUGGAUCUUCGUAUCAUAACUUGGAGAAACUUAUUCAAGACCUGAGAAACUUGUGAUUUGAUGCAUGACAGCAUGAGGUUACCUUGCUAAGUUUCACAUCAUCAUCAAAUAGUUUAUGUACUAUAGUUUCGGUGUUGCACUAAUACUGCAUAUGUCAAAGCUCAAUGGAUCAGAAACGACAUGAGGCUAUGGUAAGAAAGUUGUUCAUGAAAU